CGUGCAGACAUACGGAAACACCCCACUCAGGAUUCCCCACUUAUUCCCCACAGCUCUGGAGAUAACGUUUGAACAAAUUUAGCCACGAAACACUCCAGAAGAGUCUAAGGGACCAGAAGCAUAUGUGGUUUGUUUGUGGAAGUAUUUCUGAUGGCGGCUGCUUGACUUCUUUAGAAGGUUUUUAGUGGAUUUUAGUGGGAGAAACGCGCGUGUUGGAUACGUCACUCAGAAUAAUGGACACGCUGAGAUUCUCCGCGGCUCUUCUUCUCUUUGUGUCUUUAUUCAGCCAUGGAAACACAACACAGUUUCCAGACUCUGUGCUGACCAAGAAAUGGGCAGAGCAGAUGCAGGAGGAGCUGAUACAGUUGAUCGAUGCUGAGAGUGGCAUACACACUCUCAAAGAGGUUUUUUUGAAACUUCGAACUUACUACACUGUAAAAAACAACAAUGCUUCAAACCUGGUGGCAAAUGCUGCAUUUGAAAUUGAGACGCUUCUCUACAAUCGCUCCAAAGCUUUAAAAGAACUGGCCAGUGCUGCUGAGGCCCUCGAAAUGAAUCACCAAUGGAAGGAUGAUAUUAGCGAGAAUGAAGUCACCUACUAUAAUGCCAAAAUCAAGAACCAGACCACACAAGAAUUCAAAGAAGAUCCUGAUUUCAAGCGGCGAGUUUCAUACAACGAGUCAGCAGUGCACAUCCCCACUGACAUCUACGAGGGUUCCGCUAUAAUCCUUAAUGAGCUGAACUGGACGGCGGGUCUGGAUGACGUCUUCAGGAAAAACAAAGAAGAUGACCCUUUACUCCUGUGGCAGGUCUUUGGGAGCGCAACGGGCCUGGCCAGAUACUUCCCGGCUUCUCCUUGGGAUGACACGCAAAAUAACACAAAUAAGAAGAUUGACCUGUAUGAUGUACGCAGGAGACCCUGGUAUAUCCAGGGUGCAGCUUCACCCAAGAACAUGCUGAUCCUGGUUGAUGUGAGCGGAAGUGUGUCUGGACUGACGUUAAAGCUCAUUCGUACUUCUGUUAGUGAGAUGCUCGAAACACUGUCCGAUGAUGACUACGUCAACAUUGUCUCUUUUAAUAGUACUGCCAAGUCAAUCGCCUGCUUUGACAGCCUGGUUCAAGCGAACGUCCGCAAUAAGAAGAUUCUGAGGGAGGCGGUACAUAAUAUAGCAGCGAACGGCACCACCGACUACAAAGUUGGCUUAAAAGAGGCUUUCUCUCAGCUCUCCUCGUUAAACAUUUCAAAGUCACACUGCAACAAGAUUAUCAUGCUGUUUACCGAUGGAGGAGAAGACAGAGCAGCAGACAUCUUUAAAGAGUUUAACAACGAUAAAAAUAAGGUGCGAAUUUUCACCUUUUCCGUAGGCCAGCAUAACUACGAUAAGGGACCAAUUCAGUGGAUGGCCUGCGAAAACAGAGGUUAUUAUUAUGAGAUCCCCUCCAUCGGAGCCAUACGGAUCAACACCCAGGAAUAUCUAGAUGUGCUUGGCAGACCAAUGGUUAAAUCACGCAAAAAGUUCGUGCAGUGGACCAACGUUUAUUUGGAUGCUCUGGAGCUGGGGCUUGUGAUCACAGGGACUCUACCAGUGUUCAAUAAAACCAAAUCCACGAAUAAGAACCAGUUAAUUCUGGGGGUGAUGGCCGUAGACGUGUCUCUGGGAGAAAUCAAGAGAAUGACUCCACGAUUCACUCUCGGCCCAAACGGAUAUUACUUUGCAAUCGACCCCAACGGCUAUGUGUUACUCCAUCCCAACCUUCAGCCAAAGGAUCUGAAGUCUCAGGAACCUGUGACGCUGGACUUUCUGGAUGCCGAACUGGAAGAUGAAGUGAAAGUAGAUAUCAGAAAAAACAUGAUAGAUGGUCAUAAGGGAAGCCGCAGGUUCCACACGCUUAUAAAGUCUCAUGAUGAGCUUUACAUUGACAGUGGCAUAAGAACUUACACUUGGGUUCCAGUCAAACAGUCAGAAUACAGUCUUGCUUUGGUUCUACCCAAGUACAGUCUCCACUAUAUCAAUGCCGCUAUAGGAGACACCAUUACUCAAGCCAAAUUCUCGGAAACUCUGCAGGUUAACAAAUUUGAAGAAUAUGGACAUACUUUCAUAGCCCCCAGAGAGUACUGCAGCGACCUCGAUCCUCAGAGCAAAAGCAACAUAGAUUUUCUCAACGAAUUCAACGAAUACAUUGACCUGAAGACCCCCAACAACCCACAGUGUAACACAAACCUGACUAACAGACUUCUCUUGGAUGCUGGCAUCACCGCCGAACUGUCCAAACACUGGAGCAAACAGAGACCGAACGACAGAAUCAGAGCUAAGUUUGUGGCUACAGACGGUGGUGUUACGAGAGUCUAUCCUGAAAGUGCUGGAGCUGAAUGGACCGAAGAUCCAGAAACAUACGAGUGCAGCUUCUACAAAAGGAGUCUGGACAAUGAUAUUUACAUAUUUACAUCAAGACCAUCAUAUGCCAAAAACGGAACCGACGAGUCUGUUUUAGUGAGCAGAGCAAUGGACCUGAGAAUAGAUGAGUUCAGGCUGAAGCCAGCAGUGGUUGGAGUAAAACUGGACGUUGAGAUGUGGAUGGAGAGCUUUAUGAAUGUUACGAUUACAUCUAAGUGUAACGGCGAAAUCUGUGGAUGCAAAAGAAACGAUCCGUAUCUGGAGUGUGUCCUAUUGGACGACGGCGGUUUUCUCAUCAUGGCCAAUCAGGACGACUACAUCAGUAAGAUCGGAGAGUUUUUUGGCAUGAUUGAUCCUGGCCUGAUGAGAAAUUUGAUGAAUGAAUCGCUGUUCUCCGUCAUCAAAACAUAUGACUAUCAGUCUCUCUGUGAUCCCAUCAAAGAAACCAAAGCUGCUGCUGGUCUCAGAUCAGUAUAUGUGCCCACCAUAGCAAAUAUCCUGAACCUUGGUUGGUGGGCGUCUGCGGCCGCCUGGUCCAUGUUGCAACAGUUGUUUGUCAGCAUAACAUUUUCCAGUUUCCUUGAGGCAGCUGAUGUAGAUGACGACCAGUAUAAAAUGCCACCUAAGGAGAGUUGCAUUACGGAGCAGACGCAGUAUUACUUUGAGGACAACAAGACAAGCUUCAAGGGCUUAGUUGAAUGUGGGAACUGCUCCAGGCAGUUCACAGCCGAAAAGCUUCCAAAAACGAAUUUGGUGCUUAUUGUUGCUGACAAGCAGUGUGAAAUAUGCCAAGACGCUCCAUUCUCGCACAAGGAGAAGCCUUCUCCGGGUCCAGAUCCCUGUGUGAUAGCCCAGAACCCACGGUACCGAAAGGGUACAGAAGAGUGCUAUGACGACAACUCAAGAGAAGAGGGAGCAGACUGUGGCGGGGCGUCAGGUCUGAUUCCACCAAUCGUAUCGAUGGCCAUCCUCCAGCUGCUGCUCUUCUGGCUCCUUUCUGGACAGGGACACUGCCUAUCGUGACCUCAGCACAGACAUGCCACGCCCCCUGACAAUGCCAAAAUACCUACCGCAUCCGACACAUUUUAACGUUCAUCCGGACUCCCACGCUACAACCCGGGACACGGAGGGAGAGGCUCUGACCCAGGAAGUAGAAAACCAAUGCCAUGAUCACUCACAGCCUUAGAGGUCAAAGAAGGUCACGGAUGAUAAAUGAGCAAUGACCUUCCACAUUUGACCUUUGAGGUCGCACUCUCUCCACACGGGCGACGGGGUGGGCAGCUUCACCUGGGUGGGCAGAUCUUUAACUUCAUCUUCACUUUUGGGCAUGUGGGUCCUGUUCUUUCCACGAUCCAAUCACAACACUGCCAACCAAAGUUCUGCCCUAUACCAGUAUGCCUUUUUUUAACCUUCAACAUAUUUAUAAAGCGUGAUUCGUCAGUUUUACAAACUGUCAGACUUUUAUGGCCAACCCACAUGCGCCGCUGAGAUGUUUUAAUGGAGCCCUCUGGGUUGGGUCAAAUCCAGGCUUGGUUUUUUGGUCUACACCCCAUUAUUUGAAAAAUGGACUAAUGAGUGCCUGACCCGAUGGCAAAAGUCUCCUGUUUUUCCCAGUGGUGUCCACUUUUGUGCCUCGGGAAUAUCGGUUUCGUUUCCCGCCGCUGCGUGUGAAUUAUCCCUCGCUCUAUACAUCUGUGGCUGCCCGUAUUCACCAUCACGCUGCGAUUUUCGUCCACCCGCGGUGCAUUAAAAAGUGCACUGUUGCCAAACGUUACCCUUGUGUGGUCUCGCUGUUCUUUGCGCUCGAUGCCAAGCAGGUCGUUUGGCCCAUCAGCCCUUACGCUGUGUUUAGGGCUUUUUAAAUGGUGGCCUGACCUUAGACCUUCGGAAAGAAAAGCCGCCGUUGCAUGCGUGUGUUUUGUUUUCUGGUGUUUUAGGACAAUUAAGUUGUUUGAGUGUUUGCGUUUGUUAAAUAUUUAAUGUGUGUGUGAAAAUACAAAUGGUAGGAUGAAAGAUGUAUUAGUGGUACACUUCAUGACAACAUUUUUUGCUGUUUGCUACCCUGAAUCUUAUCCGAAGAACUCAAAGAAGUGGAACGAAAAGCAACCAAGGUCUACAUAUUUUUUAAAACGGUUGAGAGUUUUAUACAUGAUGUUGCCACUUGUCCCUGGUAUUGCUGGUCUUUCAAGUUUAUUUCAUCGGCGCGCUCUGAUGUGUCAUUUUUCAACUUGUCAUGACGUUUCCUUCCUGUCAACGUGCCUUGAUGUAAAUGGAUAUGUAUAAAAGUAAGGGAAGGAAUAUCACAAUGUGCUAUCUGACUCUUAAUUGUUUUUCGGAGACUGAAACCUUUAAGAGGACAUUUAAACAUUAAGGGGACAAAUUUAGGGAGUACAAAUAAAAAUGAUCAAAUUAAAUGAGAUUCAUAUAAAUAAAGUAGUAAAAAUAGGAGGAUUUAAAGUGAUUGUUCACCCAAUAAUACAAAUUCUAUUGUCAUUAGUUCAUCCUCUUCAAACCUGUAUGACUAUAAAGUUGGUAUUCAAACAGCACAGGAACCCAUUUAUGUCUAUUGUAUGAACGCAAACCAAUGUGAACGAGUGUCAUUUUCAAAAUAUCUUAUCUAAAAAGAAAGUCAUAAAGGUUUAAAAUGACAAGAGAUUGAGUAUAUGAUGACAGAAUUUUCCUUUUUGGGUGAACAAUCACUUUAAAUGAAGGGGAAAAACAAGACAAGGAAUUCAGCAACAUGUGCAAUGUUUUUUUUACUAGGCCAUUACCCAAUAUAUUGAUUGGAAAUCUGCCAUUCAGAGCCACAAGACAUAUGAUUUCUGGCAGUUUACCUUGGCAACCAAUCUUGUAUUAUUUUAGCUUGUAAAUGUACUAAUUGCAAGUUGGAAACGUGUGGAAAUGUGUCAAACUGACUUUAUGCAGCAUUAAGUACCUUCAUUGUGUUCUUAUUAAUUCUAACAGUUUAGAAAAAGAUCUUCGCGUUGUUUUAAGCAUUUUGCUGUUACCCGGCGGCGAGCAUUUCAGAAGUGACGUGCAUACAUUUUUACUCUGUUGUAUCACACAAACACCAAAGUUAAUUGGCUGUGCCAGAAAGAAAAGAGAAAUUACAGCAAACAUCCCUAGUUCCAGACCAUUACAUUGAAUGAUCAAUGGAAAUAUUCCGGGAAGUUCAAACGGCAUCUUGUUUAUCUACAGUAUGCUAAAUAUGAACUGAAACGAAUCCGUAUUUUGUCGUCUACCUGUACUCAAAGUGCCAUAGAAUGCUGUUCUCUAUUUCUAAAAAGGCAGGAAACGCCCUAUUGACCUGCAAGGACACUCUUCCUUACGACCCAUGAAGUUGCACUGGAAAACCAAGCAGUGCAUGCGUUGGAGUGUAGGAGUGUUGGAUAAAUUGAACACAAAUUUUAGCUAUGCUUAGGUCCACUUGCUGCCGUAUGUGGGAAUAUUACAAAACUUAUAAGAUUUUCUGUACGCCUUUUGUAUAUGGAUGAUUUGCCAAAACGUGGAGUGUGCAGCAGAGAUAUCUGCUUGAAGAACUGUAUCCCAUAAGGCAAUGCAUCCAAAUUUCCAAUUUGACAGACGAGUAAUGAAGUCAAAUCAGCAGAAAUAUUGAAUUAGGAAUGCAACAUUAAGCAUCUUUAUUUCCUAGAUCACAUUGUAGCAUAUUACUGUUGAUUAUUGUUCAUUAUUGAAUAAAGCCAACAGUUUCACUUUUGAUUUUCAAAAUAUAGUCGACUGUGAAGUGUACUGUAGAGUAUACUACGUAGUAUUGAGUAAGCAGUAAGUCUAUGUUCCACUCCAAACUUAUCCUAAAUUUCAAUGCCUUUUUUACUGUUUUUAUCCUGAUCCUGAAGGUCAAAGCCAACCCUGCACGUCAAAGCUGAUUUGGGACCAGUGCUUGAACGCAUUAAGGGUCACCCGCUUCUAACAGAAAUUGUUUACAGGAUAACUGCAGAGGUGAAAGCGUUUUCUAGGAUAUCAAAAAGACAGAUGUUUAGUCUAACUGCAAAUACGAGAUCAAUUCAAUCGGCGAACUCAACGCCACUGUUCUUCUUGUAAGAGGAGAGCAAAGAGGCUUUUUGUUUCGCUUCCUAAAGCCAUUUAAAUGCGUCCACUGUUGAGUUCAAACGGUGUCACCUCAGGAACCAAACAGUCAGGAAAUGUGAUUCAAUGUGUUUUAGUAUGCGCUCUCUUUCUCUCUCUGUAUCGGUAUCUACAUCUAUGUCUCUCUGGACUGUGUGGGUUUUCAUCUCUGGAAUUCUGAGAUAGCUCGAAGCGCGUUUUGAACGGUCAGUCAUAAUAUCCCCACUGCCUCCGCUUGCCUCUUGGCUGACCGAUGGUCAAGAUUUUGGAGGAAUUAUCUACAGGGUUAUUUAGUCCCCCUUAAUAGUUCUCUAAUGCAGUGGUUCUCAACUCAUGGGUCAUGACCCAUAAAUGGGUCACGGGUCUGUUCUGAUAACAAUAACCGCUGCUUUGAUGCAUAUUCAUGAAUGAUUCCAGUCGCUCACAGUGUGUAAAUCUGUACAAAAACACAGUUUAAAAUGAACAAUCCUUUUCUUAAUUCUUCGAAUUGUCUCAAUUCAUGUUCUAGCAUAUUGAAAAUAAAAAAACAGUUUUAUCAUUA